UCUUGCACUCGAGUCUCGCAUCGCCGUUCUUUAGUAGUUAUUGCUUGCGAAAUUAAAAGCUGAACAUUUUUGUGACCACACGGAUACCAUCGCCGGUGACUAAUAAAAUCUAGCUGCAUUUUGUUUCCAGGUGUGCGUGGUUCUUGUGCGAAACGUGUGCAAUUCGUCGGGAGUGUUGGUGCAGAGAAGAAAAUCAAAUUCCUUCCGAACAUUCUGGGCUAGCCGUGCGAUCUUGGUUUUCCCCAUUUUGGUGUUGCUUUCGCAAGAGUUCCGUCUCCCGUGUUCGCUGGAAUAGAGUCGCGCGGUGCUUGUCCUUCAAUUGGUCGUUCGUUUCCGAUCUGUGCCCCCAAAACCAGAAUUUGGGUGCUCCGUUUUUAGUUUUUUCCGGCCUGGUGGUGGCUCUGCGGUCCAAUCGUGACUCAGCGGAGACGCAACCGGUUCGUCCGAAAACUGUAGCUUAAUGUCUAGUGGCGAAUUUCAUUUGGACAGUUCCGCCGUCGAUCCCCCAGCCGCCAAAAAGCGGAAACUGCCACUACCUUCGUCGCCAACUGCUUCGUUGUCGACUAGCAGCAGCUCAGCCGCCGCUGCCUCCUGCGCCUCCUCAUCGUCCUCGUCAUCGGCCAACAACUCAGCGAAGGAAAAGUCAGAAGCAGCCGCAGUAGUAGCCGAGCAGCAGCAGCAAAAAGAAGAAGUUGUAAUGGCGACGGCAAACAACAAUGGAUCCACGGCACCGUUCGAAGGCCAAUCCGCUGGCCAGCAGCAGCAGGAAAUCGAUGAGGGUCUGUACUCUCGGCAGCUGUAUGUCCUCGGUCACGAGGCGAUGCGGCAAAUGGCCCGUUCCGAUGUGCUCAUUUCCGGCCUCGGCGGGCUGGGUGUGGAGAUUGCGAAAAACGUAAUCCUCGGUGGGGUGAAAUCUGUCACCCUGCAUGACAAAGCGCUUUGCUCGCUGGCGGAUCUGUCAUCGCAGUUCUACCUGACCCCGGGGGAUAUUGGCAAGAACCGGGCCGAGGCCAGCUGUGGCCAGUUGUCGGAGCUGAACAACUAUGUGCCUACCAGUGCUUAUACGGGGGAUCUGACUGAGGAUUUUCUCCGCAAGUUCCGGGUUGUUGUGUUGACUGCCACCAGUCCUGCUGAGCAGCAUCGGGUUGCCGUGAUUACCCAUCGGCACAACAUCGCCCUGAUUGUGGCCGACACCCGUGGCCUGUUUUCGCAGAUCUUCUGCGAUUUCGGCACCGAUUUUACCGUGUAUGAUCAAACGGGGGCCACUCCGGGUUCGGCGAUGGUCGCCAGUAUUACAAACGAUGUGGAAAGCAUUGUGACCUGUUUGGAUGAAAAUCGUCAUGGAUUCGAGGACGGAGAUUACGUUACAUUCACGGAGGUCGAGGGUAUGACUGAGCUGAAUGGUUGCGAACCAAUCAAAAUCAAAACAUUGGGACCGUACACCUUCAGCAUCGGAGACACCACCAAAUUGGGAGUUUAUGUUAGGGGAGGAAUCGUCACCCAGGUUAAAAUGCCAAAGCAGGUGUCGUUCAAACCGCUGGCGGAGGCUGAAAACGCUCCUGAAUUCAUUAUGUCCGAUUUCUCCAAAUGGGACCAUCCGCAGAAUACGCAGAUUGCAUUUACCGUGCUCGGACGGUAUCAGGAAAAACAUGGUCGCACGCCACGUCCGUGGAAUGUCGAUGAUGCCGCUGAAUUUGUCGAAUUGUGCAAGGAACGUGCCAAGGAGCUCAAAGUGGAUGAAGUCAACGAACGCAUGCUGACCACCUUUGCCAAGGUAUGUGCGGGAGAUUUAUGCCCAAUGAAUGGCACAAUUGGAGGGAUCACUGCCCAGGAAGUGAUGAAAGCUUGCACCGGAAAGUUUACCCCGAUCUAUCAAUACUUCUGCUUCGAUGCUGUCGAUUGUUUGCCCGAAGGUGAAUUGUCGGAAGAAGAAUGCCAACCGAUUGGAUCCAGAUACGAUGGGCAAAUUGCUGUUUUCGGACGCAAAUUCCAGGAAGUCCUUGGAAAGUUGAAAUAUUUCGUCGUUGGAGCCGGUGCUAUUGGGUGUGAAUUGUUGAAGAACUUCGCCAUGAUUGGCGUGGCCGCAAAAGAGGAGGGAGAAAUUAUUGUCACUGAUAUGGAUCUGAUCGAAAAGAGUAACCUGAACAGGCAGUUUCUGUUCCGACCGCACGAUGUUCAGCAACCCAAGAGUCGCGUAGCUGCCCUGGCAGUUAAGCGCAUGAAUGGAGAUAUUAAUGUUACGUCCCAUGAAAAUCGUGUCGGAGUCGAAACAGAGAAAAUCUACGACGACAAAUUUUUCGAACGUUUGGACGGUGUAGCCAAUGCUUUGGACAAUAUUGAUGCCCGUAUUUACAUGGAUCGUCGCUGUGUCUAUUACAGGAAACCGCUUUUGGAAUCGGGUACUCUUGGAACUAUGGGAAAUAUUCAGGUUGUUGUACCAUUCUUGACAGAAUCAUACAGCUCAUCCCAAGAUCCUCCGGAAAAAUCGAUUCCUAUCUGUACUUUGAAAAAUUUCCCGAACGCCAUCGAGCACACCCUUCAAUGGGCUCGCGAUAUGUUCGAAGGCAUUUUCAAGCAGUCCGCUGCCAACGCUGCCCAGUAUGUAUCGGAUCCGCUCUUCAUCGAACGUACCUUGAGACUGCCAGGCGUUCAACCGUUGGAAGUUUUGGAAUCCGUCAAGACUGCCCUCAUCGACGAGAGACCCAAGAGCAUCGAAGAUUGCGUCAAAUGGGCCCGGCUUCAUUUCCAGGAGCAAUACUCGAACCAGAUUCGCCAGUUGCUGUUCAACUUCCCACCUGAUCAGCAAACCUCGACCGGGCAGCCGUUCUGGUCGGGCCCGAAGCGUUGCCCGGAAGCGAUCACAUUCGAUAUCCAAAAUCCACUCCAUGUGGAUUACAUUUUUGCGACUGCCAAUCUUCAAGCUGCAGUGUACGGCGUCAAACAACUACGCAACCGGGAAGCGAUUGCCGAAAUGGCUGCCAAGGUUCAGGUGCCUGCAUUCAUACCUCGAUCGGGUGUGAAAAUUGCUGUCACCGAUGCGGCCAUGCAGGCCGAAGCCAACGGUGGCACAUCGGAAGAGCUGGACCAGGACCGUAUCACCCGGCUGCAGAAGGAGCUGGCCUCGCUUGGUCGGCUCGACUUCAGCAUCACUCCGCUGGAGUUCGAAAAGGACGACGAUACCAAUUUGCACAUGGACUUCAUCGUGGCCGCGUCAAAUCUGCGCGCUGCCAACUACAAAAUUCCGCCGGCCGAUCGGCAUAAAUCCAAGCUGAUUGCCGGUAAAAUUAUGCCAGCCAUUGCCACGACCACCUCGCUAGUUGCCGGGUGCGUUUCGCUGGAGCUAUACAAGCUGGCCCAGGGCUUUAACACCCUGGAACGCUUCAAGAACGGUUUCAUCAAUCUGGCCCUGCCGUUCUUCACCUUCUCGGAGCCGAUCCAAGCCAAGAAGCAAACCUACUACGACAAAGACUGGACCUUGUGGGAUCGCUUUGAUGUGCAGGGCGAUCUCACGCUCAAGGAGUUCCUGGACUAUUUCGAGCGCGAACAUAAGCUGCAGAUUACGAUGCUGUCUCAGGGCGUAUGUAUGUUAUAUGCAUUCUUCAUGGCCAAGGAUAAGAAGACGGAACGGCUGAGCCUAACCAUGUCCGAGGUAGUGCGGCGUGUCUCGAAGAAGGAAAUCGAACCGCACGUACGUGCGCUGGUCUUUGAGAUUUGCUGCAACGACGUCGAAGGUGAAGACGUUGAGAUUCCUUAUGUGCGCUACAUUUUGCCGUAGAACGGCAUCGCCACAAGUUUCCGUUAGCUGACGUUACGUAUUUCUCUUAGGGAAGACACACAGACACACAUACAAACACCAACACACAUGCAGACACAACCUGGAACAGCAAAUACACUUGUACUCACACCUAAAUUUAAGAGCAUUGAAAACACUGACACAUACAGGAACACACACCUUUUGAAACGAGAGUUGAGAGGAGAGAAAAAUAAACAUCAUAUUUUAAAAUAUUUGCAGAAUAGUUUGAACUUUCGGUCUUCUCGUAAACAAGCAGCUUCGAGAAGUCGCGCCUUUUUUUCUUUCUCUUAGCAUAAUCUGGUUGUUUACGUAGUUUUUGUUUUCAUGUUUCGUGCAACGUCCUAUUAAUACAAAUAUUGAACUUAUUUUGCAGAGUAAUCAAUUUAAAGAGAACAUUUAAAAUAAAAGGAAUAGAUUCAUAAAUGCGAAUCUUACUCGACUAUAUUUAUUAGAACGAGAUGUCGCUUUACCUCAUCUUUUGGUACUGACUCUCGCUAAUCAGAUUCAUUGUCCUUGUUUUCGAGUGAUGCAAAAUUAGAUGAACGAUAGUUCUUUGAUGUUUAGUUUUUUGAUUGGCUUUUUCUGAAAUAUUGAUUGAAAAGAAGGCGAAAACAUCGAUGAUAAUAAUUGACAUGUUCAAACUCGAUUACGUUUAUUGUUUUCUUUGGCGAAGUCAAUUUCAACUGAAGACACUUUUAAGCAAGAUGAGGAAAAAGUUAAAGAGUGUUUAUUAUCAGAUGCGGUGGAGUUAACGAAAAGCAUAAUAUAUCCGGACUUAAUAAAAAGACAAGUGUCUAGAUCGAGGUACCACAAGGCAAUGCCUGCUUGCUCUUGCUUAUUUAUUUCUCAAGCUUCGUUUUCUCUCUCUGCCACAACAGUGUGCCCAGUGGGACACAACAGCUCUUCCCCCUUUAUAUGUUCUUAUUCAUCUAUUAUUUAGCUUACUUUUAACUCCAAUUCAUUAUGAAAUACUAUUAUCUAAAUGCACUUUUGAUCGCUUGUUCCUACUUGAUCUUCGUAAUUCUACUCCAAGAUCGAUCGCUUUUCUUUUUCUUUUCAUUCUCUUUUCAUCAACCACUUCCGGAAAUCCCAGAAACUCCUCUUCACUGUUGGACUCUGCAGUUGCCGUUUGACCCACUUCUUUGUCUCUAGAAUGCGCAGUCUUAAUAUUCACGUUAGGCCUAGAGGAAUUGUCCUGACGGGCCGGGAUCCGUAUUUGGGUACGAUGAGCCAUAAUUCGCACGUUUCCAACUAGUACCUGGAAAGUAUUUUGAGAAAACCUUUUUAAGUAUAUUGCUUUCAGCCACCUGGCGUUGUUAUGAAUUUUCGGAUUUUUGUACCAUAUCUCAUCUCCCUCACAUAAUUUAUUGAAUGGAUCAUGCAAAUCCCUUUCCUUUCCUACAAUUUUUUUUGUUUCUUUGCACGACUGCGUCAGCAUUUGUUUAGAUUUCAAUUUAGGGUUUAAUAAAUCCAUAAUUGUUUUAGGCUUGUAUGUAAAUACUUUUUCAGAAGGGAAAUUUCCAUCAUUUGUCGGGGUAUUCCUGUAGUUUAUUAAAAAUAAAUUUAUUUGAUCUUCUAUGUUUAAAUCAGCGAAUUCUGGAUCUAGCAAGAAUUUUAUUAAAACAUCCUUGGUAGUCCUUACUAACCUUUCGGCUUGCCCAUUGCUCGAAGGAUUGUAUGGUGGGCUUUUGAGAACCUUUAUACCUUGGUUUUCUAAAAAAAUUACAAAUUUAUGCGAAUUAAAUGGUGGUCCUCCGUCAGAUACUAAUACGUCUGGUAACCCAAAUCUGGCAAAAUAUUCUACCAAUCUUUGUAAAACUUUACUAUGAUCUGUUCCCUUUUUCAUCCAAACUAUUUCCAACCAUUUUGAGUAACUGUCAAUCAAUAAUAAAAAUGUAUGACUAGAAAGGUGGAAGAAGUCUAUGUGAACUCUACUGAAUGGCCUUGUUGUUGGGGUCCAUUUAGAUGAUAUUUUUGUUUCAAAAAUGGGCAUUCUACUGCCACAAACAUCACAUUCUGCCACGUAUUUCUCAAUACUAGAAUUUAUACCAAACCAAUAAACUGUGCGUCUAGCUAAUUGUUUCAUUUUUACAAUUCCUGCAUGGUUGGCAUGUAAAAGCUUUAGCACACUAGUUUGUAGCAAUUGCGGAAUUACAACUCUGUCUUUAUAAAGUAAACAUUGGUCUACUAUUUCCAGUUCAUGCUGGUUUGAAUGAACAUCGACAAAUCGUUUUUCGAUUCUUUCUGGCCAACCAUUCCGUAGGAAAUAAAUUACAUCUCUUAAAAAUUUGUCGUUCAGUGUAGCACUAGCAAUUUUACCAUAAUCCAUAGGUAAUUCAUUGUUAAAAUUAAUACUCCUAACAAAUUCUGUAUCUAUAUCUUCCGGUACCGCUUGUAGAAGAGGGAAACGAGAACAGAAAUCCGCAUUUCCCAUUUUCGAAGAAGGUCUAUAUUGAAUUUUAAAAUCGUAUAUUGAUACCUCUAAAAUAUAUCUUUGCAAUCUAGUAACAAAGAUAGAAUUCUGACCAGUUUUCCCAAAAAUACCCACUAAUGGUUUAUGAUCAGUGAAUACAAUAAAUUGUUGUCCAUAAAGAUAUUUGUGGAAUUUCUUGAUUGUGCACACAAGUGCCAAUGCCUCAAGAUGUAAAAUAGGAUAACGUUUUUGUGCCUCGUUCAAUGUAAACGAGGUAAAGGAAAUAGGUUUUUCAACGCCAUCUACGAUGUGUGCAAUAACACCUCCUAAUCCAUAUCCCGAAGCAUCAGAAACAACAACAAUUGACUUAUUUGGGUCAUAAAACUCCAAAAAAUUGGUUGAAGUUAAAGCUUGUUUGCUUUCUUCAAAGGCUUUUGUACAAUUGGAAUCCCAAAUAAACUUUACGUUAUUUCUUAAUAAAUUAUACAAACAAUAUAACUUGGAUGACAAAUGUGGUAUGAAUCGAUUAUAAUAAUUAAUCAACCCGAGAAAAGACUUCAAUUCAUUAACAUUUGUUGGUGGUUUGGAUUUUUGAAUCGUCGAAAUUUUAUCAGGGCAAGGUAAUAACCCAUUAUCACUUAAUAUAUGUCCUAAAUAAUUCAAUCUAGUGGACAGAAAUCUACAUUUUUCCCAAUUGACUUUCACAUUUGUUUCAUCAAGUUUUUCCAAAACCAAAAAUAAUCGUUUUCUGCAUUCUUCCAUACUUGAACCACAAAUUAAAACAUCAUCCAAAUAAACAAACACACCUUCGAGGCCCGCCAAUAUUUUCUCCAUAAUUUCCUGGAAGAUGGAAGCACUCGAAGAAGCUCCUUGAGGAAGCCUAUUAUAUGUGAAUAAUCCUCUAUGUGUAUUUAUAACCAUAAACCUUUUGGACUUUUCCGAUAAUGAUAGCUGAGUGUAGGCCCCCUCCAGAUCCAAAGAACAAAAAUAUUUAGAACCGGCUAGCUUAGCAAACAAAUCUUGGGCUACCGGUAAAGGAUAAGAAUGAGGUAUUAAAACUUUGUUGAUUGAUACCUUACAAUCAAUGACCAAUCUUAUUUGGUCGUUCUUUUUCAUAACGAUAACUAUAGGUGAAGCCCAACGACUCGUUUUUAUAGGUGUAAUCACCUUUUCUUUCUCGAGUUUAUCUAAAUAUAAUCCAACCUUUUCUCUUAGCCUAUACGGAACAUCAUAAGCCUUUUUGAAAAUAGGGCUGUCAAUAUUCAAUACCAAAUUUGCCUCAAAUCCUUUGAUGGGAGAGGAAAAGUCUUUCACAAAGACCUUUGAGAAUUUUUGUUUUAUUUCCGAUAUUAUUUUAUCUUUGUCUAAAUUCACAUUUUUUACUGAAGACACAUUCGAAAACACUGAUCUCCAAUUAGGGACAAAAACAUCCAACCAAGUUCUUCCAAAUAAUGGUAAAAAAUCGUUAUUGCAAUUGAGCACUAUUAAUUUUAAAACCGCUUCUAGACCAUUAUAUUGCACUUUAACCAAGACUUCUCCUUCAAUCAAUAAUUUACCCCCAUUUACUACAACUAAUUGUUUGGAAGAUGGUUGUAAUGGAAAAGCAAAAAAUUUUGAAUAUUGAUUCCGACUUAUUACGGAAACAGAUGAUCCACAAUCAAUUUCCAUUUGAAUGAUUUUACCUUCAAUCACAACAUUUACUAAACAAGGAUCAUUUACUUUGUUUAUGGACGUCACAUUCAUACAUUGAAGAUCACCUGUAUCCGAGUCACUUUCAGAAUCUGAUUUUGCCGCUCUUAACCGAUUUAACAUUUCACUCAGCUGCUUAUCCGCAUUUAUUCCGAAUUUUCUCGGCUCGACAUCUUCAACUGCAUCCGCAAACUUAACUGCAUCUCUCUUUCGAUUUUUUAAUUCAAAACAUUUGUGAACUAGAUGUCCUUUACGAUUGCAGAAACUACACGUUAUGCGGUCGUAAUCUGGCCUACGCUGUCCUGGAUAAUUUUUUUUUUCUUUAGAUUCAUCAUAAUAACGUUGACGAUCGCGUCUAUAGUUAUAUCCAAAACUUUGUGCACCCUCCGAGCGAUACGGUUCACGCCUGGUCGGCCUUGUACCUAGUCGACUUUUUACUGGUCCACGCAUUGACCCUACAAUUCCUACCGCAGCUGUUUGUGCCUGGCUAUGUUCCAUUACCUUAGUAUGUUUUCUUGCCAACUCAUAUCCAGCAAUAAUCUUUUCCGCAAUACCCAAAGUUAAGUUACACCCAAAAUAAUCUGCACGUAGCGGCUACGUGAAAAGCUACAUAAUUUUUAUCCAAAUGAUUUUCACGUAAAUGCUACGAAAAAAAUGCGUAAACGCGUCCCUAUAAGAAUUCGUGCUUCAUGGAAGUCACCCACAAUUUACGUGAAUUUUUAGUACGUUCUACGCCGUCUAUUUGUAAAAGCUACUGGGAAUAUUUUUAGUAUAGAAAUGAAAUUAAUGUUGUUUUUACUUUGUAGUUCCAUUUUGUUUAUUAUGAUAUAAAAUAAAACCAAAUUUAAUUGAGAAUAAACUUUAUUUUCACACCAAUUUUAUAACUUUUCCCUCAAUUUCUGCAGCUCGCUUGGUUUUUGGAAUCCUGCAAAAAUUUAAAAGAAUGAUUUAAUUAAAAAAAUAUUAUUGAAAUAAAAAAUGAAUCACCUUUGUUGCGUUCAUAUGUUCUGUUUAACAUCUUUUCCGUACAGUUCAACUUAAAACGAGUGAUCGUCACCAGGUUCAACGAAAGAUGAGUUGUGUCCAUUGCUAAAAGGGGAUGAAAAACGAAAAUAAAUUCAUGAUUAUCAUAAGCAUCAUUAUCACUUACCAAAAAGACAAAGCUGAAUCCACAGUUCCAUUAGACACAAAAAUUUUACAACAGCUAACGAAAUCAGUUGGCUGAUAAUUCCCUUUUCUAAUAAGAAUUUACAACCACACGCUCAAAGCAAACGCACAAAACGGAUUUAAAUCAUUCACUUAGACUUUACGUGAAAUUCAUGCAACAAUUAUGUGGAAGUAAAGUCGUUACUACCAGGGCUUCCGUUACAUACUAUGUUUACUAAAAACACACGUAGAAUCGAUAUUAUGCAGCAAAAUCAUAGUUUACGUGAAAAAUCCCGUAGAAAAAAUUUCUUUAUUCUUUUGGGUGUAGGUUCCUUGAUUAACAACUGCUUCAAAGGUAUGUCCGUAACACCGAACAACAGUCUAUCACGAAUAGUUUUAUCUUUGCCUUCGAAAUUGCAGAACUCUGCCAUAAGCUUUAGGGAUAGCAAAUAAUCUUCAGCUGAUUCACCUGGUUCCUGGAAACGCCCACUAAAGGCCAGACGUUGCGACACCUCAUCAUCGACUUUGUCAAUGCGCGUUUUUAAUGCAGCCACUAUUUGAGCAAAUGACGCCUCCGUAAGUUUACCAGGACCGGGGAAUAAAAGCUUUAGUUCGGAAAAAAUAAAUGGUCCAGCGAGGGUGAUAAAAUGGGCUUUUUUAUCAUCCUCUGGUAUUUUGUUUACCAAAAAGCAAUACCCUAAACGCUCAAUCCAAUCGGAAAAGGAUGUACCUCUCCUAUACGGUUCAAUUGAUGUCGCCAAGUUCGAAUUUGAUCCUGAUUCUGCCAUAAUGGACUACCACUACCAAAAUCGAUAAAAAAUAAAUGCAAACGGCUUACCUUCAAUUCCAAUAAGUAUGAAUAUGCAAGCACCAAAACUGUAUGCACUUUAAUGCACCGAAUGAAUGCCACUCAGCACUCGAUGAGUUACCGUCGAUGGUGAUCGAAAUAUUUUGCAGCUUGGGAACUCAGUUGAGCCCGACCAGAACUCACUCUCACGGUGAGAUUUUUUGUUCCAAUGAAGCUCAAACUUAUUGUUGCGAGGACAAUAACUAUAGAAAUGAAAAAUGAGAAAUUCAAACAAUAAAACUUUGAUGCUUUCACAAUAGUACUUUUCACUUUUCAAAAGCUUUAUAUUCACUUCAAACACAAUUUAAAAUGAAAAAUCGGUCUUUUUCAGAUCUAGACUUCUAGAUUGACGGAGAUUUAGACUAAAGAUGUUCACUUUACCACACAGAUGAUACGAGGGGAUAGCUACGGCCAAUUUUGACACGGCACCGCGGAACCAAUUGUUUAGCCAAUUAGCAUAACCUGCGUUAUAUCCUUCACCCGACAACAGUUGUUGACCGAAUUUACACACGAUAAUUGAUUUUAACAAUAUAAAUAUAUUUAAAAGUUUCAACUAAAUUUUUCCUUUUCCUUGUCGCCAACUAAUAUAUCCGGACUUAAUAAAAAGACAAGUGUCUAGAUCGAGGUACCACAAGGCAAUGCCUGCUUGCUCUUGCUUAUUUAUUUCUCAAGCUUCGUUUUCUCUCUCUGCCACAACAGUGUGCCCAGUGGGACACAACAAAGCAUACUAACUUAUGUGAAUGAAUCAGAAAUAAUAUUCAAAAUGACGACGGGAGAGAUUCAAAGUGAAAUAUCUGUAUUUGAUAAUAAAUAAUGAACAUUCAAAGUAA